GUGACCGCACGGCGGGCAGCGUCGUCUGUGGAGCUCCUGCUGGAGGCAGAGGCGCCGAGGUGCCGACUGGGCGGGCCGGGUGCGUCGUGGCAGCACGGCCGCGGCCAUGGGGGGCUUGAAGGACGAGCUGCUCAAAGCCAUCUGGCACGCCUUCACCGCGCUCGACCUGGACCGCAGCGGCAAGGUCUCCAAGUCGCAGCUCAAGGUCCUUUCACAUAACCUGUGCACGGUGCUAAAGGUUCCACAUGACCCUGUUGCCCUUGAAGAGCACUUCAGGGAUGAUGAUGAGGGGCCUGUCUCCAACCAAGGCUACAUGCCAUAUUUAAACAAGUUCAUUUUGGAAAAGGUUCAAGACAACUUUGACAAGAUUGAAUUCAAUAGAAUGUGUUGGACCCUCUGUGUCAAGAAGAACCUCACAAAGAAUCCGCUACUCAUUACAGAAGAUGAUGCAUUUAAAGUGUGGGUCAUUUUCAACUUUUUGUCUGAGGACAAGUAUCCAUUAAUUAUUGUGCCAGAAGAGAUUGAAUACCUGCUUAAGAAACUUACAGAAGCUAUGGGAGGAGGUUGGCAACAAGAACAAUUUGAACAUUACAAAAUAAACUUUGAUGACAAUAAAGAUGGCCUUUCUGCGUGGGAACUUAUUGAGCUAAUUGGAAAUGGACAGUUCAGCAAGGGCAUGGACCGUCAGUCGGUGUCUAUGGCCAUUAAUGAAGUCUUCAAUGAGCUUAUCUUAGAUGUGUUGAAGCAGGGUUACAUGAUGAAAAAAGGCCACAAACGGAAAAACUGGACUGAGCGGUGGUUUGUGUUAAAACCCAACAUAAUCUCCUACUUUGUCAGUGAGGACCUGAAAGAUAAGAAGGGAGACAUCCUCUUGGAUGAAAACUGCUGUGUGGAGUCUCUGCCUGACAAAGAUGGAAAGAAAUGUCUUUUCCUAAUAAAAUGCUUUGAGAAGACCUUUGAAAUCAGCGCUUCAGAUAAGAAGAAGAAACAAGAGUGGAUUCAGGCCAUCCACUCCACCGUCCAGCUGUUGAAGCUGGGCAGCCCCCCACCACACAAGGAAGCCCGCCAGCGUCGGAAAGAGCUCCGAAGGAAGCUGCUAGCAGAGCAGGAGGAGCUGGAGCGGCAGAUGAAGGAGCUCCAAGCCGCCAAUGAAAACAAGCAGCAGGAGCUGGAGAGUGUGAGGAAGAAACUGGAGGAAGCGGCAUCUCGUGCUGCAGAUGAGGAAAAGAGACGCCUGCAGACUCAACUGGAGCUACAGACCAGGUUCAGCACGGAGCUGGAGCGGGAGAAGCUGAUCAGGCAGCAGAUGGAGGAGCAGGUUGCCCAGAAGUCCUCAGAACUGGAGCAGUAUCUGCAGAGAGUCCGGGAGUUGGAAGACAUGUACCUGAAGCUGCAGGAGGCCCUCGAGGAUGAGAAGCAGGCCCGGCAGGAUGAAGAGACGGUGCGCAAGCUUCAGGCCAGGUUGUUGGAGGAAGAGUCUUCUAAGAGGGCAGAACUGGAAAAGUGGCACCUGGAACAGCAGCAGGCCAUUCAGAUGACAGAGGCAGAGAAACAGGAGCUGGAGCAGCAGCGUGUCCUGAAGGAGCAGGCUCUGCAGGAGGCCAUGGCGCAGCUGGAGCAGCUGGAGCUGGAGCGGAAGCAGGCGCUGGAGCAGUAUGAGGGAGUUAAAAAGAAGCUGGAGAUGGCAACUAAUAUGACCAAGAGCUGGAAGGACAAAGUGGCCCAUCAUGAGGGAUUAAUACGAUUGAUAGAGCCAGGUUCAAAGAAUCCUCACCUGAUCACCAACUGGGGACCGGCGGCCUUCACCCAGGCAGAGCUCGAGGAGAGAGAGAAGAGCUGGAAAGAGAAGAAGACCACGGAGUGACAGCUCCGCCAGUGGCCAGGCACAGUCACACCAGUGAGGAGUCGAGCUCCAUGCCCAGGAGAAGGAUACUGGCUUUGCUGCUUCUAACCGUCUUCCCUCAAGACUCCAGCGGGGUCCAUGUGCUGAGGACCCUGUGCUUACCUUCUAGCGCUGACUCGGCUUUCCUGGGCGAGAACAUGAGCACAAGUGUGGCGGGCCACCCUCCCUUCACCUUCUGCAUGGGAGGUCAGCUGCCUCUUCAGGGGGUGUGUCUCCUCCGCUGAUUGGCUGGUCUGUUUGCCUGUCCCUGUGAGGUGACAUGGCAAGCCUUUCUUGUUGGUGCUCCGAUGGACAAGUGGCCAGUCCUGCCUUGUAGAUGGGAUGCAGUUGGUGAAACGUCCCAGCUUCAGCUAAGAUAUUUCCUUCCCUGAGCGGCAUGCACUUGGCAGGCUUCAUUUGCAUUUCUUCCCCACAAAGUAAAACAUGUCCUGGCCCAGUGUCUGCCUCAACCCCGUUCCCUGGACGUUCUGUCCCCAGGCCCCCAUCCAGGAGUGGAAGUAUUGUUGACUAGGGGAGGGGCCAGCUUGAAAUCAGUGGUUGUUGGGGAGUUUGGGAGGUCUGUGGACACCGUGGGAAGCUGACAGCGCGGGCUGGGUAGAUGUGACGUGUCACAGGAUGACGGCAGCCCUUGCUUUAGUCAAGCUGAGAUUGCGGCUUUCACUGGCACUGUCUCUCUGCUCGUCUCUCCUCCGUGGGUGACAUAGGUCAUGUUCUCUGCUUCUUGGGUGAGGGUGUUGGGGAAGGUUUUCACCUACAGUCUGGUCUGGGAUUGAGAUUAGUAAGUAAGCCUUCCCAGCUAGUUGGAAUCUGUAAGCACAGUGACUCAAUGGACAGCCGUGAUGCAAGGCACAGACAAGGUGGAGUUCAGUAACAGAGCAGAGAACCGAGUGUCCUGGUCCAGCCUUGCCUUGAGGCAGAGAGGAGGCCAUCCCAGACAUGUGCAAGUCUAGAGAUAGAGUUCAGUGUUCCUGACAUUUACAUAAGGACUGGCUAGAAUCCAUAAAUCUCUUCCUUUUAUGACUAGAAAACUUCUGCUGAUGGAGGUCUUAUACAUUUCUCUUAAGAUUUUGGGCUGCUUAAUAAAAGUGUACUUUUAUUUAAUGUUUCUAGUUGCCUUCAUAAAGUUUAGAUCUGUAUGCAGAA